UGUUAACACCCCCUCCCCCGCCCCUUUUGACCUUGAUAAGCCUAACACCUCACCACCUUUAGUUUAGAAGUCCUUUCACUGUGUAACCGUGGUGUUGUAUCUCGUUCAUCGAAGAAUAUCCAGUCGUCAUGAGGACCAUUCACAUCCUCCUGCUCUGCAUCCUGGGAGCUGCACUGUUAUCUCCAGUGCUCUGCAACAAUGGAUUUGGUCCUGAUAAAUGCUGCUUCGAUUACUACACAAGAAGAAUAAGGAAGGACUCUAUCACCUCAUAUGUCAAGGCUCAUAGCCACUGCCCCAAGGCUGCAACCAUAUUGGUGACAAAAAGGUCUCGUUACAUCUGUGUGGAUCCGAAUGAACCCUGGGUUUUGGACAUCAUGAAAUACCUGGACCCUUAAACUUGCUGUCUGCUUCUCUGUUAUGAUGCUACGAUGCUACAUAAACCAACUAUUUACUAUUUACAAUACUUAAAAUGCAUGAAGCGUCGAGAGUUCGUUCAUUAACCUGCAGCUAUGUUACAAGUCACACAAGAUUUUAUUUUUUUUUUUUUUGCUUUCAGUCAUUUUGAGCUUGAACGGACUCACUGACAAAAAGAAUGACUCUUUUUUUUGUGUAAUGUCUUUUGGAUGCUUUGUAAUAUCUUACUUUAUAAACCUUGUGCAAAUAAAAUUGUGAGCAGUGUGAAAA